CGCUGCUAUGCUCUCUGAUCUCGUGUCCAAAGGGCAGACAGAAUCCAGUGGUGCAGUAAUGACAGAGUGAGCUGUUAUUAUUGCUGAAAGUGAGUCCAAACACAGCCAAUGGCGGAUAGUGAGGAAUGGGGGAAGCCUGUGGAGAGGAGAGGGAGAUUAACUGUGGUGCUGGCACUGGCAACACUCAUAUCUGCAUUUGGUUCUUCAUUCCAGUACGGUUAUAAUGUGGCUGUUGUCAACUCUCCAUCUCCGUUCAUGCAGCAGUUCUAUAACACCACCUACCUGGAGCGCUAUGGCAGCCCGAUGGAGGACAACUUCCUCACUCUGCUGUGGUCUCUCUCUGUGUCCAUGUAUCCGCUUGGAGGAUUCUUCGGCUCUCUGAUGGUGGCCCCUCUGGUCAACAAACUGGGGAGGAAGGGCACCCUCCUCUUCAACAACAUCUUCUCCAUUGUCCCUGCUGUGAUGAUGGGAGUCAGUGAGAUUGCCAAGUCCUAUGAGAUCAUAAUUGUGGCUAGGUUUAUAGUUGGGAUCUGUGCAGGCCUCUCAUCCAACGUGGUGCCCAUGUAUCUGGGAGAACUCUCUCCCAAAAACCUGAGGGGAGCCCUUGGCAUCGUACCACAGCUCUUCAUCACCAUUGGCAUCCUCAGUGCACAAGUGCUGGGCAUCAGAAAUAUACUUGGCAACAGCACAGGUUGGCCCCUCAUGCUGGGUUUGACCGGUAUCCCUGCCCUGAUAGAGCUCCUGCUGCUGCCCAUCUUCCCAGAGAGCCCCAGGUACAUGCUCAUCCAGAGAGGAGAUGAGAAGACAGCAAAGAAAGCGCUACAGCGUCUGCGCGGCUGGGAAGAUGUGGAUGCAGAGCUGUCAGAGAUGCGUCUGGAGGACCAGUCGGAGAAGGCAGAGGGCCACCUGUCUGUGCUCAGCCUGCUGUCCCAGCGCUCACUUCGCUGGCAGCUGGUCUCCAUCAUCAUCAUGAACAUGGGCCAGCAGCUGUCGGGGGUCAAUGCGAUCUACUACUAUGCAGAUAGCAUAUAUGCCACUGCAGGAGUCAAUCAGAAUGACAUCCAGUACGUCACUGUGGGAACAGGUGCAGUGAAUGUCUUCAUGACCAUAGCUGCUGUCUUCAUCGUGGAGGCCUCGGGAAGACGGCUGCUCCUCCUCUGUGGGUUUGGGAUCUGCUGUGGAGCCUGUGUGCUGCUUACUGUCGCUCUCACCUUCCAGGAGAGUGUGACGUGGAUGCCCUACAUCAGCAUCACUUGUGUCAUCAUCUACGUCAUAGGACAUGCCAUAGGACCCAGUCCCAUUCCUUAUGUGGUGACCACUGAGAUGUUCAGGCAGUCAGCCAGGCCCGCUGCCUUCAUGGUCGCAGGCUCUGUCCACUGGCUUUCCAACUUCACUGUUGGCCUCAUCUUCCCCUUCCUAGAGAGAGGUCUGGGCUCCAACAGCUUUAUCAUUUUUUCCUUCAUCUGUCUGGUCACACUGGUCUACAUCUGGCUGGUGGUCCCAGAGACCAAGAACAAGACCUUCCUGGAGAUAAGCCAGAUGUUCGCCAAGAGAAACAAAGUGGAGAUCAAACUGGGUGAUGGGGAUCUACCACUGAAAGAGAGCAAAGAAAGCAUGGAGGAUGCAGAGAGGGUCACAGCCUUCUGAAGAAAAAUGAGAGCAUUCAGAGGAGAGGAAGUCUUCGCUCUUGGGGGGUAUUGUAAUGGACUGGAAAUGUUUUAAUUUGACUCUAUUUUUAUUGUACUGGGAAUCCUCACACAAUCUCCUUUUGCACAGUUUGUUUGUAGCUGCUAUUGGAAAAAAUAAGACCUUUGUUCAAUUUAAUGCCAUUAAACUUGAUGUGUGCACUACA